CAGUCUUCUCCUGCAUCCGUUUCCCCCGGCCUCUCGCCGUCUCGCGCAUCCACCGCCACCGCGCCGCGUCUUCCAUGAAGGACCCGUUCGAGGCGGCCGUCGAGGAGCAGGACUCGCCGCCGGAGUCGCCGGCGCCGGCCGAGGAGGAACCCGGCGCCGCGGGCCCCGCGGACGACCCCGAGGACUACGACGGCGGCGGCCCGCGGGGCCUGGCCCCGCGCCAGCCGUCGGCCCCGGCGUCGCACGCAGCCGCCGCCGCGGCUAAGGCCAAGGGCCGGGUCCAGAGGGAGCAGCAGGAGGAUGACGACGAUGAGGAGGACCAGAUGGAGGUCGACCUCGAGAAGCUGCCCAGCAGCACUGGCGACCCCGACAAGCUCGCCAAGAUGAAUGCUAUACUGUCCCAAUUUACAGAACAGCAGAUGAACCGUUAUGAGUCAUUCCGAAGAUCUGGAUUUCAGAAAUCUAACAUGAAAAGGCUGUUGGUAGGCAUCACUGGAAGUCAGAAGAUUUCUAUCCCUACAUCAAUUGUGGUAUCAGGAAUAGCAAAAAUGUUUGUUGGUGAGCUAAUUGAAACAGCAAGAGUAGUUAUGACUGAGAGGAAGGAUUCAGGACCCAUUAGGCCUUGCCACAUCAGGGAAGCAUACAGAAGAUUGAAGCUUGAAGGCAAGAUCCCACGGCGAUCUGUUCCUAGGCUCUUCCGCUAGAAUUGAAGCAUGUAUAUGUACACAUGAGUCAGGACGGAUGUGGAACAAUGCGCUUUCCCAUGUAAUUGCAAAUAUUGUCAUAUGUACGGAAUGUACCCUGAAAACCUGUGUACUAUAAAGUAAGGCCCCCAUUUGGUAGGGUUUCUGAUUCGAGUUUUUUGCAGUUUCUGGACAGAAACCUGACCAUACGCUCACAGUUUCUGUAGAGAAAUCCUGCCAGAUUGCAACUCAUCUUUUAGAGAAGGAAUUAGAAAGGCAAAACGGGAACCUAAAUCACUGCCACGGGGCCUAAAUCGUCUGUGAUUGUGCAGAAUCUGAUUUC